AUGUCCUCCUUGUUCCACCAAUCCUGGAGUUAUCUGGAUCCUCACCAGCCAUAUUCGGAAAAACAGAAGUUCCCUGGCUGCUAUCAGGACGUACUUGCCCCGCCAGCGUUCUUCCGCUCUCUUGGCCUGCCAAAUUUGGCCGCCCUGGAACCGGUCUCCUUCAUCAUGAGCAACUCUAGCAAUAUGAACGCCCUCUCGGCCGAUGAGAUGGAGCGGUUUCAGAAAUUGUCCAACGACUUUGAACCGGAAGCUCCAGGUCUGCUCGUAUCACCAAAACAAUCUAGCCAAAGCAUAGCUAUGGAAUAUGCCAAUGCUGAUCCAACCUUUGCCACCAAGACAAAUGCCCUUGCUAUCACACAUCCCAUGACGCGUGUCAUGAAGCGAGACGGGAAUUGCGGCUGGCGAGCUAUGGCAUUUGGCUAUUUUGAGACAUUGUUCUCUUUCCGUGAUCUCCUGCGGGUGGAGCAGGAACGCAUGCGGAUCAAGUCGUUAAAUUACACGUUGGAUCAAGUGGGCUACCCGGAGCACCUUUACGAGAUGUUCACCGAUGCCACGGACGAGGUGUUCGCGCAGAUCUCCACGGCAAUUCAGAACAGUGACCCUGACGAGUCGUUCUUGGUCAAUGCUUUCAACGACGAAUACAACUCGAAUUCAAUCGUCAUGCAUUUUCGACUUUUGACGGGCGCUUGGAUGAAAGUAAAUCGUGCUCAAUAUGAACCAUUCUUGGAACCCAUACCUUUGGAUCAAUAUUGCGCCACCGAGAUUGACACAGUGCGCAGUGAGAUUGACCAGGUGGGGCUGCAAGCCUUGACUGAUGGGGUGAUCUCCAAUGCUGGCUUUGGGGUUGAGGUUCUUUAUCUGGACCGCAGCCAAGGUGAUGCCGUGACACCUCAUCAGUUCACGCAGAAUUGUCCCAGUGAUGCGACCAUUCGUCUUCUGUACCGACCGGGCCACUAUGAUAUCAUUUACCGUGCCGAGCAAACUGUGAACGUGGCGCCGGUAGUCAAUUUCCAGUAUGCGAUGACGUCUGACUACGUGUCCUGGGAUCAGGGGGCCCUGUCCUUCGAUGCCAACCCUCAUCUGAUGGCGAUUCCCAACUUGAUGGCCGAUCCCGCCUUUGCGAUGGGCGGCGCCCCGAUGUCCCCCGUGUCCUCGGUAUCACCUAGUCCAGCAAGCCCAUAUCGACUAUCACCAACCCAAGAGAUGUACCCGUCGCCCAUGCAGUCCCAUGCAAUAAUUCCCGCCAUUCCUGUAUCUUCACCAACACCGUCAUUGCCAUCAGCGGCACCUCCGCCGAUGACAUCUCUCCCGAGCCGGUCAAACGAUGGGCCCCAGAUUCGGUUGAAUCCUUUGGUGAUGAGGCCGAGUUUGAAUCACUUGCCCGUGACCGCACCGUUCAAAAAUUCGCCAUACAAUCAGGCUCAUUUCCGGAAUCAAGAUUUCGAGCCCAUACAUUGGGCGCCCAACGAGAGUCGCAAAUAG